AUGUCGUUGGGUCCUCUUAAAGCUAUCAACGAUAAGCAAUUGAAUACCCGUUCCAAGUUAGUUCAUACCCCAAUAAAGGGAAAUACUGCAGACCUCGUAGGCAAAGAAAACCACUUUAAGCAAACAAAGAGAUUAGAUCCGAAUAAUGACCAUCACCACCAGCCAGCUCAAAAAAAGAAAAGGGAAAAGUUAUCAGCUCUGUGUAAAACACCACCUUCAUUAAUUAAAACAAGAGGUAAAGACUACCACAGAGGUCAUUUUUUAGGUGAAGGCGGAUUUGCUCGUUGUUUCCAAAUUAAGGAUGAUUCAGGUGAGAUUUUUGCUGCCAAAACAGUUGCUAAAGCCUCGAUAAAAUCAGAAAAGACAAGAAAAAAGUUGUUGUCAGAAAUUCAAAUUCAUAAAAGUAUGGCCCAUCCAAAUAUCGUUCAAUUUAUUGAUUGUUUUGAAGAUGACAGCAAUGUCUAUAUCUUGUUAGAAAUAUGCCCCAACGGUUCAUUAAUGGAAUUAUUAAAAAGAAGAAAAGUUUUAACAGAACCAGAAGUUAGGUUUUUCACCACUCAAAUAUGUGGUGCAAUUAAAUAUAUGCAUUCAAGAAGAGUUAUACAUAGAGAUCUAAAACUUGGUAAUAUCUUCUUCGAUUCAAAUUAUAAUUUAAAGAUUGGUGAUUUUGGUCUAGCAGCCGUUUUGGCAAAUGAAAGUGAACGUAAGUAUACCAUAUGCGGGACACCUAACUAUAUUGCACCUGAAGUGCUGAUGGGUAAACAUUCUGGACAUUCCUUUGAGGUAGAUAUUUGGUCAUUAGGUGUUAUGCUUUACGCUUUGCUGAUUGGCAAACCACCCUUUCAAGCAAGAGAUGUAAACACCAUUUAUGAAAGAAUCAAAUGUCGUGAUUUUUCGUUUCCAAAAGAUAAACCAAUUUCAGAUGAAGGUAAAAUUCUAAUAAGAGAUAUCUUAUCUUUAGAUCCAAUAGAAAGACCCUCUUUGGCAGAAAUUAUGGAUUAUGUAUGGUUUCGGGGGACUUUUCCACCAUCUAUUCCUUCAACAGUCAUGUCAGAAGCACCAAAUUUCGAGAAUAUUCCUGAAGAGCAAUCACUGGUUAACUUCAAAGAUUGCAUGGAAAAAUCUCUACUAUUAGAAAGCAUGAGCAGCGAUAAAAUCCAGCGUCAAAAGAAGGAUUAUAUUUCCUCAAUUAAAUCCAGUAUUGAUAAACUAGAAGAGUACCAGCAAAACAGACCAUUCUUACCUCAUUCCUUAUCCCCUGGCGGGACGAAACAAAAAUAUAAGGAGGUUGUUGAUAUAGAAGCGCAAAGAAGGUUAAAUGAUCUGGCUCGUGAAGCAAGGAUACGCAGAGCACAACAGGCUGUUCUGAGAAAAGAAUUAAUAGCUACAUCGACCAAUGUCAUUAAAUCAGAAAUCUCUUUGAGAAUACUAGCCAGUGAGUGUCAUCUUACUUUGAAUGGCAUUGUAGAGGCAGAAGCUCAGUAUAAAAUGGGAGGUCUUCCGAAAUCAAGAUUGCCCAAAAUUAAACAUCCAAUGAUAGUUACCAAGUGGGUUGACUACUCAAACAAACAUGGAUUUUCCUAUCAGUUAUCAACAGAAGAUAUUGGUGUCUUAUUUAAUAACGGGACCACCGUUCUCCGAUUGGCGGAUGCAGAGGAGUUUUGGUAUAUCAGUUAUGACGAUAGGGAAGGUUGGGUAGCAAGUCAUUAUUUAUUGAGUGAAAAACCACGAGAGCUAAGUAGACAUUUAGAAGUAGUCGAUUUUUUUGCCAAAUACAUGAAGGCUAAUUUAAGUCGAGUAUCUACGUUUGGUAGAGAAGAAUAUCAUAAGGAUGACGUCUUUUUGAGAAGGUACACAAGGUAUAAACCAUUUGUUAUGUUUGAACUUAGUGAUGGUACCUUCCAGUUCAAUUUUAAAGAUCAUCAUAAAAUGGCAAUCUCUGAUGGAGGUAAAUUAGUGACCUACAUCUCUCCCUCGCAUGAAAGCACUACAUAUCCCUUAGUUGAGGUGCUAAAAUAUGGUGAGAUUCCAGGAUAUCCGGAAAGCAAUUUCAGAGAGAAAUUAACAUUGAUAAAGGAAGGUUUAAAGCAGAAGUCUACAAUCGUCACCGUAGAUUAA